GUGCCGUAUUAAAAGUAUCAUCUGGUUCCAGGUAUAUUUGGUCCGACUGUACGUUGCUCCAAAUUUAUAUUGUGCUAAUUAUACCAUGCGACGCUGCUCUAACGUAUGGCUUGUCACCUUACGAGAAACGAGCAAACGAUGGUAACUGAACUCGAUAUACGAAAUUCACUUAUGCACGGUAAUAAACGUAAAUUCGAGUAGAACAACGUGUUCACGCGAUAGCGCGGUAGCAGGAUCGGUUGCAUCGAUCCUUUUUUAACGAUGUUUGAAAGGAAAGAUUGAAUUUCACGGGAAAAUUAGACUGCAACGAUUCGGGGAAGGUUUCUUUGUACAAGGGAGACCGUUUUACAAUUUCGAUACGUAAUAAUAUCGAAACGAUACAAGGGAUUCCGAAAUCGCUUGAAUACAGUAACACUGAUUCUGAAAAUAGACCACGGAGACGCAGUAUCGCAGAAUUGCCGUCUUUCCGCGAAGAACUAUGUAAUAUAUGUACGGUUUUGUGAAAUACUCUGAAAAUACUUUCGUUCGCUUCGAGGGUGUUUAAUGAAUUUUUACAACAAUUACGUAACGAGCUGUGCCUCGUAGGACGGAUCGUUAAACGAUCGAGAUUGCUGAAAUCCAGCGAAAAAUAAAGAACAACGAGCGAAGGGAAAGAAAUAGCCGCGCGGUGCUUCCAUCUUUCGCGAAACCGAUCGACCUUUCGAAUCGAUGUGCAACGGAACGACACUAGCGAAAGAACGUCGGAUUCUCUUCGCAAGGGAGGAGGGAAACGGUUGCGCGAAUGCGUCUUUGCAGCGAAACCGAUUAAACGCUCGGGGCGAUGAUGUUUUGCGGUGGAUAACAGCGUGGAGAAGGCUGAAAAAAAAGGUACGACAUGUACGGGCGUCAAGGCAACUCGAGUAACACGCAACCACCGCCGUGGUUGGUGCGUGCAGAAGUCACGAUUCGUCACAGUACACCGGUGACCUCGGAGUCCAGCCAGGUACCGAUAGGUAUGUCUUCAACUGUUACGGAUUCGGGAGGCGUUCGGAUGGUAUAUCGAUGGAACACCAGUCAGCCAUCUCCGUCCCCGACAGUUCCAGUCGUUACGACUUCCUGUCCAUCUUCGUCCGCUGGCUCGUUCGGUUUCCAACGUGGAAACAUACUGUUCACCUCCACUCCGCCUCCAAAGCCGACGCCAAGCUCCUUCACGAUUCCAAGAUCAGGAUCGUCUGGGAAUGACGAGUCCGUGUCACCUAGAGGACGAGGCGUGAACGUCUCGGAUUCGGGCUACAACAGCGAGCAAUUUUCACCCCAAUCGUACUCGAGUUUGCCUACCCGACGUCCUUCUCAGCAGUACAGUCGACGAUGCAAAAGCACGUGCAGCAUCGUGCUGUCCGCCGUGGAUACCGCGGACAGUUCGAAGGAAGGAAGCUUCAGCAAAGUAACGAGCCACGAGACCAUCAAACAUUCGUACGACAAUUCUUGGCGUCAUCCCUCGUCGCAUCAACACGUCUUCUCGCGUCACCAGUUCAGCACGGUACCGGAGGUUUGCGAAGAGGGCCCAGAGGGUAGUGCUUCCGGCACGAGUGAUACUCAUGUUUGCAGCAGCGUCCAGGAUAAAGUCACGACCAAGUCGACCACGAUCAGCAAAGACGCCUCUUCGCAAACGACAGACAUAGAAUCCCGAGAAUCUUCGUCAACGAUAACCAGCAAGAGCAAAGUGAGAAGGAAAGCGGCUACUGGUCUCCAUCCUUCGGACGAGCAGAAGAAGAAGAAGCAAGAGAGUCGAUCGCCAACCACAGCUUCCGAGACCACGAGCGUCGGUCCUUCAGCGGAGUCGGAGAAGUCCGAUUCCUCGGCGAAAGAUGACAGCGCGAAACGCAAAUCGCGGACGGUGCACAUCGACGUGUAUUGCACCGGCUCCGACGACGACGAGAAUACUGACACGUCGAGCGAGAAUGAAUGCGACACUCCUAUGACCGUGUUUGAAAAUCCGGACGUGAAAGUCACCCAUACACAGGUAGCGAGUGACGUUCUGCCGAGAGGGCUCGAAGAUGAUAAGGCCUUUCUGAAACGUGCCACGGAACGACGAUGCGACAGCUUUAAACAUGCUCCCAUGAGAAUGCCCUCCAUAGCCAGCUCGAAGGGCUACGACAGCGAUGACGUUCUCAGUUCGCUUUAUCCUUCGCAAUUCAGUUCUUACAGUGCUCUUAGAGAUCUCGAUUCGGCCCCUUGGUCUGCUGCGUCCUCUAACGCGGGUAUUCCGUUCGAUUAUGACUCGACCAUCGCUACCUCGUCCAAGGAUACCUUAUCCGAUAUAGAGUCUUUGAUAAACAACAAAAUAGCCUUGACUCCUUGUGAUAGCUUCGAGUAUGCCAGUAGCACCGAUCGCGAGAGGAUACAGAGAAUGGAGGAAGUAUGGACCAAGACGAAAGAUGAGGAAAAACGGUGGCGUUCACCGGAAGUCGAGCGUAAAUAUUUGUUGCAGAAUCGAAAGAUGAAGGAAUAUUUGAAAAAGCACGAGAUAGGCUGGUCGUCUGGCGACAGUGGCGAGGAAUCCGACGAAAGCGGUACAGUGGGAUGGAGCUUUGUGUCUGACGAAGACAAUCAACGAAUGGUUAAGAAAAUAUCGAGCAUCCGACGAGCUAGUAAACCGACCAUUCAGCGUACUGAGAGAAACGCGAGUAUGGCGGGACAAGAGCUUUUGAAGCAAAAGAAUUCACAGCACGAUUAUUCUGAUUCCACAACGCGUAGCGACAGUAUUCCCAAUCCGUACGCUUUUCGCGAGCAAAUCAGGCCAUUUGGUUCCAACAGCCCAUCUCCUCUUCCAUCGAAAGUACCUUCCCGAGUCACUUCUCCCUUUAUGACGCCUCAGGGCGAAAGGACCGACCAUAUUUUGAAAGCCUCGAUAUUCGGAGCGGUGGUGAACGCGUUUCGAAAGCCAGGCCAUCACAUAGGACCUUCCAAGAAUCCCUCUUGUUCCUGCGAACAUUGUCGAAGACAUUUCGAGGAACUGAAUUCGCGAGAACGUUCUCGUUCUGUGAGCGAAUUCGAACGUCAAACGGGAUUUCGUUUACAGAAUGAAAAGAGGAUAGUUCGUCCCAUCCCGAAAAAUGACAAUUCUUAA